UCACGUGGGGGCAACUAGAGGAAGCAGAAAAUGGGAUCUUCGACUCUGACAUGCAGAAUUUAGGAAAACUUUAAGGACUUGCUCUCUACCUUGACCUGCCUUGGGCAAUUUCUCUGAACGUCGCAUCCAAAGUGCAAGAGAUUCACAAUGGGCUGGUUCUGGGCAGAUACGCCAUCACCGGCUCCGGCCUCACAGGGUCCUUCUCAGGCACAAUUGCCCGCCUCACAUCCUCCAUUUGGAGAUGCAUCACCACCCCCCGCCUGCCCGAUGCACAAGCGCACCGUUGAGGCGCUGAGUCCCUCGGCGUUUCAACAACCCUCCUCCCCACCUUCCUAUGACGCCGCGGCAGCUUCUACGGGAGGCUGCCCCGUCAACCACGGCAACCAACCCGAGUCCCAGCCGGCGCUGAAACAGCAAUCGACUCUCUCAAAGCUCAACCCGCUCAACUACAUGUUCCCCGACCUCUCGCAGGCACGCGCCCCUCACCAGACCGUGGCCCUCCCGACGUCGCGUGACGAGUCGUCGAUUCCCAAGGGCUCGGGCGACGGCAACUGGGAGUACCCGUCGCCGCAGCAGAUGUACAACGCGCUGCUGCGCAAGGGCUACACCGACACGGACGCGACGGCCGUCGAGAGCAUGGUGGCAGUACACAACUUCCUCAACGAAGGCGCGUGGGCCGAGAUCGUCGAGUGGGAGCGCCGCUUCGGUGGCGGCCUGGCCCGCGGCUGGGAGGUCAGCCGCCGCGGCGAGGCCAACGCCCCCGUCCAGCUGCGCCGCCUCGAGGCCCGCGAGGCCGCUGAGGCGGAGCAGGCCGCCCCCACGCUCGUCCGCUUCCAGGGCCGGCCCAAGGAUAUGACCCCCAGGGCCGCCAUGUUGCAGGUCCUGGGUUGGAUGUAUCCGUCGAGGUUUGCCACCGAUCCGCCCUUCGACCGUCACGACUGGUACGUCUCGCGGAACGCCAACGGCCAGGAGAAGCAGGUACGCUACGUGAUCGACUACUAUGCCGGCCCUCCCGAACCCACGGGCGAGCCCGUCUUCUACCUCGACGUCCGGCCGGCCGUGACGCCCACCGGCGCUGCCGAGCGGCUAAUGCGAUGGGGCGGCGAUGUGUGGUGGAGAGCGUCGGGCGGCGAGGUCCGCGAGGCGAACAAGAGUAAUUGAUGGUAUUUUUAAUAACGGGGCGCACACAUGCAUUGGGAAAGCUAAAAGCUACUCGUCGGAUCUUGGGCGGCGCACUCCGGGAUAGAUAUAUGGGUGGGACUGGUGCGUGGCUUGGGCUUAUAUCGUCGCCCUCUUGCUUUUUUUGUACUCCCCUCUGGCGCGUGGAAUAUGCCAUCAUCAUUGUAGUAGUAUGUAAUAGGUCUGUCUGUAAUAUGUACGAGCUUCUCAGACAUUUUCCCGUCAUAGCCAGUGAGGAAGCCUUCCAUUCCAUCCCUGACUCUGGGAAUCAGCUUUUAAUUGGC